AUGUUGGCUCAGCCCCCCUACUUUACCUACAUCCUUAUGUUUUUAGCUGAUUUCCUUUUGGUACCUUUCUUCCAGACCCCCCUGAAGAAGACUAAUGCUCUCAUUGCACAGAUGGGAAUGACCUUCCUAAAUGCAUAUGUUCCCAGUGCUCUCUGCUGUCCCAGUCGAGCUAGCAUUUUAACAGGAAAAUACCCACAUAAUCAUCAUGUUGUCAAUAACACUCUGGAAGGAAACUGCAGCAGCAAGUUAUGGCAGAAGAUUCAGGAGCCAUAUACCUUCCCAGCUCUCCUCAAAACUAUGUGUGGCUAUCAAACGUUCUUUGCUGGAAAAUAUUUGAAUGAGUACGGAGCAGAGGAUGCAGGGGGAGUAGGUCACGUCCCUCCUGGGUGGAGUUUUUGGUAUGCUUUGGAGAAGAAUUCAAAGUACUACAACUAUACUCUUUCAGUAAAUGGUAAAGCACGAAGGCAUGGUGAGAACUACAGUGUGGAUUACCUGACAGAUGUACUGGCCAACAUGUCAUUAGAUUUCUUGGAGUAUAAAUCAAAUUUCGAGCCUUUCUUUAUGAUGAUCUCAACCCCAGCACCGCACUCGCCUUGGACAGCUGCUCCACAGUAUACAAAGAGCUUUCAGAAUGUCAGUGCACCAAGAAAUAGCAAUUUUAAUAUUCAUGGGAAGAACAAGCACUGGUUAAUCCGACAAGCAAAGACUCCAAUGACCAACUCUUCAAUACAGUUUCUUGAUGAUGCUUAUAGAAAGAGGUGGCAAACUCUGCUGUCAGUAGAUGACCUGGUAGAGAAGCUAGUGAAGAAACUGGAACUGAAUGGAGAAUUAGACAACACAUACAUCUUUUACACAUCAGACAAUGGCUUCCACACUGGCCAGUUUUCUUUGCCAAUAGACAAACGGCAGCUGUAUGAGUUUGAUAUCAAAGUGCCAUUGCUAGUUCGAGGACCAGGGAUAAAACCAAAUCAGACAAACAAGAUGCUUGUUGCAAAUAUUGAUUUGGGUCCCACUAUUCUGGACAUCGCGGGGUAUGACUUGAAUAAGACCCAGAUGGAUGGGAUGUCACUGCUGCCACUGCUGAGAGGAGACAAAAAUGAGACAUGGAGAUCAGACUUCUUGGUGGAGUACCAGGGAGAAGGGUACAAUGGCAGCGAUCCUACCUGUCCUGGCCUAGGACCUGGAGUCACACACUGCUUCCCUGACUGUGUGUGUGAAGAUUCCUAUAACAACACAUACGCUUGUGUAAGGACACUGUCAACCUCCUGGGACCUGCAGUACUGUGAGUUUGAUGACCGGGAGGUAUUUGUGGAAGUGUAUAACUUGACUGCAGAUCCACACCAGAUCAACAACAUUGCUAAAACAAUUGAUCAAGAAAUUCUAGAAAAGAUGAACUAUCGAUUAAUGAUGCUGCAGUCCUGUUCGGGAGCAACAUGCCGUACGCCGGGUGUCUUUGAUCCUGGGUACAGGUUUGACCCACGGCUCAUGUUCAGCAAUCACGGUGUUCGGGCUCGGAGGUUCUCCGCACGGUCCUUGUAAGGCACUUCAGAGCCUCUUGUAGUUGGCUCCCGCUGGCCAGUUUCUCCAGUGACUGCAGCAGGUCUGUCUCCGUAGCUCUCGCUGAUCACAGCUGGAAGACUUUUCAUGGGCUAUUCAAACCCUGUUUGGAAGAAAAACCCUUGUCUUUAGCUGGUUGCCUUGUGCAAUAUGUAUAUCUUACAGCUGAACUCUAACUCUGAAUCGUUAGACACAGCUAAUCUGUCUUGCUCAGAUAAUUGAUUACCACCUUUGUCUUUCAAGUAUCUUUUCGUAUCACAGGCACAGAGGUGAACCUUUGCCUAUGGAUCUGAACAGUUUAUUUUGUUCUAAAAAUCAGUAAAUGUGUAUCUGAGUUGGGUUGGAUAGGCAGGUGCUAUUGCACAGUAAUGCUCACCCAUAUUCAGUGUUACAGACUUUCUCAAAAGCUAUGUUUAAUUAUAGAUUUCCUGAAUUGAGAUCAAAGCUGGUGAUGACAGUAGCAAAGUAGCCCAAAAGAGUACAGGAAGGCAUUAGGCAAA